AUGAAGAGUUCCUGCUUUAUAAUUGGUUCUUGCCAUGGGUUGUUGUGCUCCAAGUUCCGCAGAACAGGUUUUUAUGUAUCCAAUCUCUCCACCAAAGAGUCCAAGCGAAUACCUGAACCUGAGGUUAAAUUCUGGUUUUGGGAUGAUUUUUGUUGUGUAAUGGGAUUUGGCUAUGAUCACUCCGUGGAUGAUUACAAACUGGUGACAGCAGAUAAAAAAAGCUUCUAUGUAUAUUCACUAAGAACUGAUUCCUGGAAAAAGGUUCAAGGCCUUCCUAACAGUCACAAGAAUGGAGCUAUACCUGUUGCGCCCGGGGUACCGCUGAAUGGAGCUAUCCACUGGAUCUAUAAUGACCGCGGCUCAAUAAAGAUUGUUGCUUUCUGUUUGGCGGACGAGAAAUUUUGGGAGUUUCCGGAUCCUAUUCCCUCUAUGGAAUUCAUCGACGCCUUGGGGUUGCUUGGAGGAUGUCUCUGUAUUACUCCAUAUAAUAAUGGUCGUGAAUUAUGGGUGAUGAAAGAAUAUGGCGUGGCACAGGCUUGGACUAAAGUUGCCAUUGAAAUCCCAUGUUACAGAAUCCGUCUAUUAGCUUUGUUGGAGAAUCAUGAAGUCAUAUUAAAGAUAGACUCCGAGAAGUUAGUUCUAUACAAUUCAAGAGAGAGAACAUACAGGUAUCUGGUACUUCGGAAUUUCCCAGAUGUGGAGAAUUGUACGUUUGAAGGAGCUUAUGUGGAGAGCAUGGUAUCACCCUGUCAUGGAAGUUUGAGUUAG